AUGAGCAAUGAUAAGUCGGUGGCUCAGAACCAUCGACAACAACAAUCAGCGCAUCCGCCGUCGACCAUGUCCAAUUUCAAUGACUUACAGCAACAACAUCAUCAACAACAACAAAAACAAUCAAAUUACGCUACGGCACGACAGUCACAGCAGACUCAACAACCACUCUCAACUUCUAGUAACGGACAAACUAGCAGCAGCAUAUACAAUCAGAGUACAAAUCGACCUCAAGCACCACCACAGAAACCUCCACUUCCAAUGUAUAAUCCAAAUGUAUCCCAAACACAACCGCCACCACCUAGUAAUCAUAAUACAUAUACACCUCAACCACCAACGAGUAGUCAUCAUAGUUAUGCACCACAACCGCCUCAGGCGAGUAACCAUAAUGCUUACACAACACAAUCAAGUAUGGCAGCUCAACCACCACUGCCAAACACAAUGUACAAUCCUCCUCCACCUCAGCCACCACUUCCCAGUAAUCACAUGUACAAUCAAAAUAUGUAUCAGCAAAGCAUGAAUUCUCAACAACAAGCAUCUUCAUACCAAGCAAAUGGUGGUAAUAUGUAUGACACUCGACAGUACCAGCAGACUAAACCAAUGCAACAACAACCUCCUUUACCGCCAAACAGUCACAUGCCUCCGCCUCCUCCUACGAAUCACAUGCCUCCUUUGCCUUCUAUGCCUCCUCCACCGCCGCCACCUAACGGCGAACCUCCAAGGAUGGUUGCAGGCGGCGAUGAUGAUGAACCCAAAUAUGCCGCCGAUAAAUAG